AAUUUAUUAGAAUAUCAGAUGUCACCAUUACCAGAACCAAACAAUAAUGGAAUUCAAACACCUGAGAAUAAAGAAGUAAAUUUAACACUAAUGUUAGGUCUAUAGAUUUAUAUACAAAAACAAGGAAUUUGAUGUUACAGAAUAUGUUCCUAAACACCCUGCAGGAAAAAGCUUCUUUGAUAAAAUGAAAGAUGAGAAAUAAGACAUUACAGAAUAUUUUAGGUACUUUGAUUCCUAUGUUUUAGAUGUCUACAUUCAAAGAAGGCAUUGAAAAUAUUAAAAUCCUAAAAAGUUGUGCGUACUGAUCUUAAGGAAUCAGAAGACAGCAAACGUUAUUCUCAUAUCAAGAAGCAAGUCAAAGAUCUCUUCUAACCAGAUUGGACCAUUGAAAUCCUUCUCCUCGUAGCGUUGAGCCUUGGAUUAUAUCUUGGUGUCACAACAGAUUGGUACAUAGCCAUACCAACAAUUGCAUUAACUUAAAUAGUGGCUGGGUAUUUAUAUGUAAUAAUAUAUCACUUAGAUGGUAAGGCCAUUCAACCAACCAUAAUCGACAUCCAUUGUUGUAUAAGCUCUCCAUUCCUUAUGGUAUCAUCCAUGGAUUCUCUACAGACUGGUGGUAAUUCAAACAUAACAACCAUCACAUUUUCACAAACAGAAUUGGUAAGGAUGAUGACAUCGAUCACACAUAUUAAAUGUGGUAAUAUGGAUUCCUCUAUUUAAAAUGGAAGGUUGAUUCAGUCAUUGCAUCCUACAAUAAAAUUGACAUUCUCUACGUGUUGUUGCAUCAGAUAAUUGUAUUCUAAUAAAAAAUUUGGAUCUAUUUGGUUGCACAAUAUAUUGCAGGAUUCUUCAGUGCAUGCAUUCUCAUUGGAAAUCAUGAAAGAGAAUAUAAAUUCUACAACAAGAUUGACAAGCCAUUCAUUGAACAUUAAAUCAUCACCUCUAGAAAUUAUGAUUGGACAGGUAUUUUAAUUAAAUCUAUAUAGAUUGGUUAUCCAAUUUGUUGAUGGGAGGCAUGCAAUUCUAAACAGAACAUCAUUUAUUCCCCCAAAUUCCAUUUUAUAGAUUGCCCCAUGCUGCCAAAAUUAUUAACAGAGAAUUAAAUAAAUUUGGAUAUAAAAUCCACGUGGGUAAGAUCUUAUGAUAUAUUUUCAUUAACAUAAACAUAAUUCUAAAAUUAACGCUCCAC